GUUAUCGGGCAAACAAAGCUCUUUGUGUGGUUAUCAAAACUUGUCCUCCAAAAUUUAUAAACAAGGAAAUAUGACAAUUGCCUAAACUUCAGAUUGCCAGUUGUAUAUAUGCAAACGACGCACGACCAGAUCGCCAGUUUUACGGUUGAGUCGCUGUGGGUCACUUGUAACAAGUGUAGCUCUGAAAAUGUGGAACGACCUCGGCCAACGCUGCCUAAUAUUGAUCUCUGUGGUUUGUGUGCUGUCUUUCGGGUUGGCCAAUGCCCUCAACGGCUUUGCUAAUGCCGAAGGUUACCCAGAUAUUUCAGUCACACUGCCUGGCCAACUGAAGUUUGUGCAUGUGAUAUAUCGCCACGGCGACAGAACACCUGUAGAUCCGUAUCCCACGGAUCCCUGGGGCGAUCUGAAGAACUGGCCCACCGGUUGGGGUCAGUUGACCAAUAUAGGCAAACAAGAGCACUACGACCUGGGCAAAUGGCUAAGGAAGCGCUAUUCAUCCCUUCUUCCCUCCAAGUAUUCAGACGAUGACAUCUAUAUCCAGUCCACCGAUGUAGAUCGCACCCUCAUGAGUGCCCAAUCCAAUUUGGCUGGUCUCUACGAACCACAAGGUGAAGACAUCUGGAACUCCGACAUAAAAUGGCAGCCUAUUCCUGUUCACACCAUCCCCGAGAAACAGGAUCCCAUUUUGGCCGCUAAGGCUCCGUGUCCUGCCUAUGAUUACGAGCUGGAAUCCCUGGAGUCCUCUCCAGAAUUUAAGACUAUGACCGAAAAACAUCGAGAUCUUUUUGCCUACUUGAGCAAGAAAAGCGGACGCUCUGUCAAAACCUUCGUGGAUGCCCAGUAUUUGAAUAACACCUUGUUUAUUGAAAACCUGUACAAUAUGACACUGCCGGAAUGGACUAAAAAGGCUUAUGGCGGCGAGGAACUCACUUAUGUGGCUAACUUUGCUUUUGCCAUCAGUUCUUAUACACGAAAGUUGGCAAGACUAAAGGCGGGUCCACUGCUGAAGGAUAUUUUCCAACGGUUUGCCGACAAAUCCUCAGGGCGUCUAGUUCCAGAUCGUUUAAUGUGGGUUUAUAGUGCACAUGAUACCACUAUAUCUAAUGUUUUGAAUGCUUUAAAACUGUUCGAGCUUCAUAGUCCUCCCUACACGGCUUGUAUAAUGCUGGAGUUGCGUGUGGAUGAGAUAAAUAUGCCACUUGUGUCUAUUCUCUACAAAAACACCACCGCUGAGCCUCUACCUUUGGAUAUACCCGGCUGUGGUCCGUCCUGUCCACUAAAAAAACUGGUCGACCUUUAUCAGGAUGUCUUACCCGUGGAUUGGGAGCGCGAAUGCAAACUCUCUACGAUGAUGAUGACUUAUGAGGAGGCCAACUUGGGCGCGGCGACGGGCAUAAUCGCUAUUGCGCUGCUAUUCACAAGCUAUGGACUCAUGAUCUACUACCGCCGGCGCAACUACAAGCUGUAUACCUCAUACUCUCAAAUGGCCUAGCCACAUACCUUUGCCAUUCAGUGAAAAGCAUUACUUAAAUCUGAAUGCCUUCUCAGCUCUCCAAUUGCCAAAGGGAUUUGUUUUUCUUUUGAUAUCCUAAGUUGCCUUUGAGUGGAACUGCCCGUCUCAAACAGUUGUUGUUAAUCGUGGUUAAUACUUAGUUAAAACGUGCAUUUCACCCAGAGUCUUUUUGUAUUGAUUAGUUUUUUUAGUUUAAGUUUGUGCAUUUGAUAAACACAACUGUUUAUUAGCAUUUAAAUGGAAUGAUAACUGGUUUUGUUGUUAUUGAGUGAAAGAUAUAGAAUACCGUGAAGACUGUGAAUAGAGAUCUUGAAGUUGCAUACAUAUAUACAUAACAUAUUUAUACAUAUACAUUUUUAUGAAAUUAUCUUUGAUGAAAAAUUUAUUGUAUUAA